GCGGUUAGCUGCCGCACAGUGGCUUGUGAGCGUUCUUUGGUGGUGGUAGGUAGUUACAGUCCGCUCUGCACAGGUGCAUCAUUCCAGUAUGUGAGAGGGGAGUACCCAGUGUUACUGACUGACGCGUAACAAAUCGAGAAGUGUUCAUCUUGCCCUUGCAAACUUCCUCGUGAAGCAAGAUUCAGCCGCAUUCCACUGCACAUUGGUAAAAUUCCAUCAUCGAGAUGGGUGUCAUGCGGGAGAAUGGCCCGACCAAACCACGGCCACCGAUGGCAGCACCUUCGCCGAGGGUGGCAUCGAGGACAGCACCUACUGUCACCGCGAAGGCUACAGUUGCCUCAUCAGCACCAUCACCGAGGGCAGCAUCACGGACAGCACCUGCUGUCACUGUGAAGACUUCCCCAUCACCACCUGCCUGCAGAAAGGAGGAGGAGAAACUCCAUGGAACCUCUCCACAAAGUUCUGUGAAGUCCACAGUCACCCGCAACAAUAUCACCACCAACAAUGUCAGCAGAACCAAACCAUCGGAAGCAAAGAAUGACAAGAACAGUGAGGAGAAGAAUGAAAAAACUGAGACAGAAAACAUUCUUGUUUUAACAUUACGUAAUAUUUCUCUAAAUGAAGAUAAUGAUCUAAACAAUCAGAUCAAAAACCUGUCCAUAAAAGACGACCAGGAGAAUGAGGAGAACGAAGAAUCAGAUCUUCUAUCACGUGGACCAGAUAGAGUCUGUACAACAGCAAACAGCAGGACUGUACCAUACUUUUAUGAACAGCGCAUUGUAUCAUCUGACAAUCAUGGAGGAGGAACAGUUCUCUGUCCAGACGUUUCAUCACCACAACAGGUCACAAACUACGCCCAGAGCCUUUAUCAAGAUCGCUAUGUAGCUAACCUGCAGAAUUCCAGCCAAGACACAAUUUUCACAACUGGGAACUACUCCAGUUGCUUGAAUAGUGUACUGGAGGAUGCUUUAUCAGAGUUACCUGCAGUGCUUCCACCUUUGACUGAAGAAGACUUAAAAAUUCUUCAAUCAGUAGCAGAGGAAAUGCAUCGUGACUGCAGUUUAACCAACUUGGUAAUUAAUGAUAUUGAUAAAAUAAUCGAAAGCAAGACAGAUGAUAAGGAUAUUCAACCCAUUAAACGAGAGCUUUGGGAGGGGGCAAUGGAUGGACAACAACUACCACCCUCUCCUGAUAGUGGUUGCAGUGACUGCAGUGACUAUUCAAGUGAUUUCUCAGUUGGCUCCCCUUCAUCUGUAAGGUCAGGUGUGAUGAGGACUGACACAGAGAAAGUGGUGACAGUGAGUGCUCAAGUAGUUGCACAAGCCACAAAUCUCCAUACGCAGAUAGGUAUUGCACCUGCCCCCAUUUCACCAGUCGUCCAGACAUUACAGCCCGGAAUGCUCGUGGUGUUGCAGCAACAUCCAAAAACAGUAAUGUCUCCACCACGACCACCUAUUCUGCUACAGCCACAGCAACAGACACAGCCUCUGGCACCCCCACCUACACCUCCACUCUCACCUCAGGUCCCACGCCCUAUUUUGCCAGGUGUGAACAUUCCCGAUGCAAUGGAUGGAUGCAGUGAGCCAGCCAUCAACAGGAUCAGGAUGCAUGGUCGCAUGGUAGAACAAAUGAAGGACAGAGCAUGGGCCAUAAUCUUUGCAUAUUCAGAAGCAAAACUCACAGACAAAGAUGAAUAUGGCAACAUGUUUCUUUCUCGUGUGCUGUCAAAUUGGAAAAGCAUCAAGUACUUCAUGGAAGUUUUCCAUGCUCUUAUUCAGCGAUUGAAAGAAAUUAUAAACCACAACAAGCAAAUAGCUUAUAAAUUACUGGCCACUCCAAACAAAUCUGGUCACACACCACUUGACAUAGCAUGCCGUUUUCUGCGAUCUAGUCGCCAGAAUGCCUUAGCAGUUCGUUACUUGGCAGAUACAAUGGUAGAGGAAGGUAUUGCAAUUGGUAAGGAAGUGGAUGCCAAUGGAAAUUCACUCAUACACAAACUUUGUGCAUCUGGUGAUGAUGCACGCUACAUCAUGGCAGAGUUGCUCAACAUGAAGGACCAACAGGGCAAGAGAGUGUUUGAUGUAAACCAGAAAAACAACGAAGGGAAAACACCGUUGCAUAUAGCUGCGCAAACACACAGUGAUCGGACUUCCUGCACAGUUCUAGCACAGCUUUUGAUGCGUAAUGGUGCUGAUAUUUCUGUGAAGGAUGGAUGUGCUGGGAACACCGUUUUCCACUUAGUUGCACGAGAAUCAUGUGAUCCCGACUUACUUGUGAUGCUGCUUGCAAAAACCAGCUAUGCCAGUAACAUCAUAAAUGAGAAAAAUUUCAAUGAAGACACCCCUCUACACAUGGUUGCAGCAAAUCAUUCCAUUUCUCCAGCACAUCAGCGGCUUGCUGUUUGGCAUCUGAUUGAAUCUGGAGCUAACCCAACAAUUAAAAACAAGAGUCAAAAGGCACCUCUUAGUCUUGUACCAACUGAAAGGAAGCAGGACAUUAAGAAUGUGUUAUAUCAUAAGAGACAAGUUAUAUCCCAGUAGUGGAAUAUGGAAAGUACAGCAAGGACAAUUUCUUUACACAGUAAUGUGGGAAGAAGACUAGUGUAUUAUGAAGAAGCUUCCUUAGACCAUUAUAGUGUGAGAAUAAUUUCAUUUACUGCCACUGAGUGCUUUUCUCUGGAUUUAUGCUUGUUGGUUAUUGCACACUAUUUCUAUGGAACACUACAUGUAUAUUUUUUAAAUGUUAAAACUGUUACACAGUUGAUUCACUUGAGCUUGUGUGUGUGUGUGUGUGUGUGUGUGUGUGUGUGUGUUUGUUUGUUGGAUAUGUUUUUUUAUAUGUAUGAGCAAGAGAGGGAGUGAAAAAUCUUCAUUCUUGUAUUUGUAGUAGUAUCAAAAAUGUUUUAUCACUUUAAGCAGAAAUUGUAGGUGAAACAUUUUCACAUAUAGUUAUUUUAUACUGAAAAUACAUAAUGUUCUGUGAUGCUUCAGAUUAACACUCAUUCUUGUUUUAUAUUCUGAUGUAUGUGUGCAUAUCAAAACUGAACUGAGAACCAUGUAACUUAAAACAUUAUUUGAAUAAAGUGAAAAAAUUUGUAAAUAGAAAAA